CGGCGGCGGCGGCGCCGAGGAGGAGCGCGGUGGUGGAAAUGGUAGCAAGAUGGCGGCGCUGAAGGAGGAGCAGAGCUACGGACUGUCCUGUGGAAGAGUGAGUAAUGGCAGCAACGUCUCCGUAUUUCACGUUAAACUGACUGACAGCGCCUUGAGGGCCUUCGAGGGUUACCAAAACAGCAAGAGCUCCUUGUCUAAUCGGCCGUCGAUCCGAUUCACCGGGAAGCAGGGGCAAAUCUCAAUCCCCAGGCCGGAGUGUCCGAAUGAGCUGCGGACUUUCAGCUUCUAUCUGUCCAACGUGGGGCGGGACGGCCCCCAGGGGAGCUUCGACUGCAUGCAGCAGUAUGUCACCGGCGACGGGAGCAUUCAGCUGGACUGCCUGGGCGGGAUACAGGAUAAAAUCACUGUGUGUGCCACGGACGACUCCUAUCAGAAAGCACGGCAGAGCAUGGCACAGGUGGAGGAGGAGACCCGGAGCCGCGGGGCAAUCGUUAUCAAACCGGGAGGGAGAUACGUGGGUAAGAAGGUGCAGAUCCGGAAGCCGGCCCCUGGCAACAUCGACGUGGCCCCGACGAGGAGGCAGGCCCGGCCGGUGAACAUGGCCAACACCCUGAAGAAGAGCAGCGGCAUGCCCAGCGCGGCCUCGCCCAGGCCCUUCAGGGAGCGGCUCAUACACCUGCUGGCACUGAAGCCCUACAGGAAAGCAGAACUCCUCCUGCGCUUGCAGAAGGACGGGCUCCCUCAGCAGGACAAGGACUCGCUGGACAGCCUCCUGCAACAGGUGGCGAAUCUGAAUGGGAAGGACGGCACCUACACGCUGAAGGACCUGAUGUUUAAAGAAGUGCAGAAAGCCUGGCCUGGAUACUGCGAGGGAGACCAGCAGCUGCUGAAGAGGAUACUUGUCAGGAAGAUGUGCCAGCCACAGAACAGCCUGGGUGUACCAGGGGAGACCCCUGCAAGCCCACCCAAAGAGCACAGCAACUCCGCCUCUCCUUCUCAGAAACGCCCAGCUGUGGACUUCAUCGACCCAUUGGCCAAUAAGAAGCCCCGGAUCUCCCACAUGACCAGCAAAGCCCAAGGCGCGUUGAACGGGAAGCUGGGCUCCUCCAAUGGGAAGGAUUGUGCUCCUGGGGCCCCGGUGCCGCUCCCGGCUGAUCCGGUGAGCUCCAGCUCCCACUUACACAGGCUGGAGAUCCCCCGGCCCUACGACCCCCUCUCGGACGUCAGCAACGACUCCAGCCACAACGGCUGCGAGGGGCAGGAGGCAGCGGCAGCAGAGCGCCUGAGCCACCCCCCGGCCCCCAGCGCGGGGCUCCCUGCCCAGCCCAGCGAAGCAACCUUCCCCAGCGCCGCGGCCGGAGCCCCUGCCUCUGCCCCCGGAGCCGCCCCCUCCUCCGCAUCUCUGCACGGGAAAUCCAAGAAGAAAUCCAAGAAGCACAAGGACAAGGAGAAAUCCAAGGAGAGGGGCGCGGAACCGAAGAGAGGCUGUGAAUUUAUUACGGAGGCGCAAGGGAGCAGUGUUCCACAAAGCAGCACGGACCUGAAUGGGGCGUGCAGCAAUUCUAGUGUUCCUACGUCAACGUCGGAGAUGCCAGACUAUUUAUUGAAAUACUCGCUGAUCGCGUCCCAAGACCAGCGGCAGAGUUACAAGAACGACUUCAACGCAGAGUACAACGAGUACAGAGGCCUGCACGCCAGGAUCGAGCGCAUCACCCGGCAGUUCACAGUGCUGGACACGGAGCUCAGACAGCUGCCGCAGGGCACCGAGACUUACAAGACAAUCCAUAAUCAGAUCUUACAAGAGUAUCGGAAAAUUAAAAAGAGUAAUCCCGAUUACAGCCAGGAGAAGAACCGCUGUGAAUACCUGCACAGCAAGCUGGCUCACAUAAAGAAACUGAUAGCAGAGUACGACCAUCAGCACCUGCAGAACUGGCACUAGGGCUGCCCAGUCACUGGACCCUGCUCGUGGAGACACUCUCCUGGGCUGAACUGUCUCUGAAUUCCCCUUUUCAAAGGAGCCACGGCGGGGGAGCGACUCCCCCUGGUGGUGGGGAGGGGGGGGGGGGGUGCAGCAGCACGCUGUCAUUGUGAGUGAAGGAAGAGGACGAGAGAGAAUGUGCUACAAGAUGUGUUCUGGGUGUCGCCUUUAUUAUUAUUAUCAUUAUUAGUAUUAUUAUUAGAAUUAUUAUUUCAAGUUCAGGUCUACACAAGCCCUGUGAUUAAAAAGCAUUUUUUUUUUUUUUAAGAAAACCAAUUCAGAUAUUUGGGAAGGGGGGGUGGGGUGCGACACAAUGAAACAACCAAACUGUGGAAGGAUUUGACAGAAGAGAUGCCAAACGCUACAAGUGUUUCUCGUAGGUAGAUUUUCUUUUUCUUCUCUUGUUCAAAGAAAUAGAAGGUUCUGAAGCUUAAGAACUCUUGUGGAUAAUUGUAUUAUCCCUUCUAUUCUAUUAUUAUUAUUAUUAUUAUUAUUAUUAUUAUUAUUAUUAUUAUUAUUAUUAUUAUUAUUAUUAUUAUUUAAUUUAUUUUGGUUCUCAUGUUGGAUUGAUAAUUCUGAUGCAUCAGUACUUUUCCUUAUCGGGUCUACAAGUGUGCGUUGUUUUUUUUUUUUUUAAAUGUUCAAUCUUUUUUAUUAAUUUAUAAAAAGCUGUGUCAGCCAGUUUCCCUAUCACAUCAAA